UCUCAACUCUCCUCCUCCAGUGGAAUGGUCAAGUCUAAUUGCUGUUGGCUCUAAUCUUUACGCCGUUAAUGCAGAUACACAUGAUUCUCCAUCUGUGUGGUACCUUGAUUGUAGAUUUCACCACCACACUUGGCGUGAAGCUCCAACAAUGCGAAUAGUUCACACCCGUACUGUAUAUGAUGGGCAUGUGUAUUUACCAGGAAUGUAUGAAAAGCAAGAUUCUUUGAACUGCGUUGAAGUUUACAACACAGAGACUCAAUCUUGGAAUCCCGUCCCGCCCAACAAACGGAGAUUGGAUUUCAAAAACAUGGAUGGAGUUAUUUACAUUAACGGUAAAGUAGAGGACACUCCUUUGUAUCCUAAGGCUUUUAAGCCAAAGGAUUCGACAUGGGAAAGUGUAGGGUUGGAUAAGCUUUCUGAUCGGGUUGCUUUUUGUACGGUAGAUGGGGUAGACUAUACUUAUGUCCCUUGUACUUGUUGUGCCUCUGCUGAAAGAUUUAGUUGGAGAGCAGAAAAGACUGAGGGAGAAGGAGGAGGUUCCAGAAGAUUAGAGGGUUUACAAGGGUUACCUCAGUUUGAUAAGUCUGCUUCUGUUAAAUUAGCAAAUUAUGGUGGUGAUAAGCUGGUUGUUUUGUGGGACAAGUCUGUGCAGAGAUUUGGGUUUAAGAAGAAGAUGAUUUGGUGUGCAGUGAUCUCACUUGAAAAACGCAACGAUCAAGAGAUUUGGGGGAAAGUCGAAUGGUCCGAUGAGGUUCUUUUAGUGCCCAAUUCUUAUGAAUUCCUGUGUGCUAAAUCUGUUACUGUUUGAUAGGUAUGGAUGUAAUGUAAUGAAUAUGGUUUGUAUCGCUUACUUUCUUUUUUAGUAUGCCCAUUGACAUGUUUCUGCUUA